GUGGAAACGAUGGACGGUACAACCAUGGAGCAGAAUGUGCCUACCACGGUGAAGGAACUGACCCUCAACGAGGCAGAGCCCAUUUCUCCAGAAGGAGAGGGUGUUAAAAAGAAGACAAAGGAGCUUCCUGACAGAGGCACUUGGAAAGGCAAAUUUGACUUCCUGCUCUCUUGCGUGGGGUAUGCCAUUGGCUUGGGUAAUGUCUGGCGCUUCCCAUAUCUCUGUGGCAAGAAUGGAGGAGGUGCCUUCUUGAUUCCCUAUUUUCUUACACUGGUGUUUGCUGGGAUUCCCCUUUUCUUGCUGGAGACUGCGCUUGGACAGUACACCUCUGUGGGUGGACUCGGUGUCUGGAAACUUGCACCUAUGUUUAAAGGAGUGGGCCUGGCUGCCGCAGUUCUCGCCUUCUGGUUGAAUAUCUAUUACAUUGUCAUUAUCGCCUGGGCCUUGUAUUAUCUCUUCUACUCUUUCACAGUGGACCUGCCAUGGCAGAGCUGUGACAAUAAAUGGAACACUGAGAAAUGCUUUUCCAACUUCUCCCUGACCGACACCAGCAACCUGACCAGCGCUGUGACCGAGUUCUGGGAGAGAAAUAUGCAUCAGCUCUCUGGAGGUUUGGGAGAGCCGGGUAGUAUUCGCUGGCCUUUGGCAGGCACGCUUGCGUUAUCAUGGGUUCUGGUAUAUUUUUCCAUCUGGAAAGGUGUUGAGUGGACUGGAAAGGUGGUGUACUUCUCAGCUACCUACCCUUACCUCAUGUUAUUCAUCCUGUUCUUUCGUGGGGUCACCUUGCCAGGAGCCAAGGAAGGAAUCCUCUUUUACAUUACUCCUGAUUUCAGCAAACUCUCUCAAUCUGAGGUCUGGAUGGAUGCAGCCACGCAGAUCUUCUUCUCCUAUGGUCUAGGAUUGGGGUCUCUGAUUGCCUUGGGAAGCUAUAACACUUUUCACAACAAUGUCUACAGGGACUCCAUCAUUGUUUGUGCCAUAAAUUCCACCACAAGCAUAUUUGCAGGCUUUGUUAUUUUUUCUAUUGUGGGAUUCAUGGCUCACAUCACCAAGAAGUCAAUACCAGAGCUCGCAUCCUCAGGUCCCGGAUUGGCCUUCCUCGCCUACCCACAGGUUGUCAGCCAGCUGCCCAUGUCUCCUCUCUGGUCUAUUCUCUUCUUCUCCAUGUUAGUGAUGCUGGGACUCGACAGCCAGUUUUGCACUGUGGAAGGCUUCAUCACAGCCCUGAUGGAUGAGUUUCCACAUUUGCUCCGAGCGAGGAAGAAAAUCUUCAUUGCUGUGGUCUGUUUUAUCUCCUACCUCAUUGGAUUGUCCAACAUCACCCAGGGUGGCAUCUAUGUUUUCAAGCUGUUCGAUUAUUACUCUGCCAGCGGCAUGUGUCUCCUCUUCCUGGUCUUUUUUGAGACUAUCUCCAUUUCCUGGUGUUAUGGUGUGAACAAAUUUUAUAGCAACAUUGAAGAGAUGGUUGGUUAUAAACCCUGCCGUUGGUGGAAGAUCUGCUGGGUCUUCUUCACUCCUCUUGUUUGCCUGGGGGUUUUCCUCUUCAGUGUAGUUCAAAUGACUCCUCUGAGAAUGGGGAAAUAUGUCUAUCCGGCAUGGGGUCAAGGCAUUGGCUGGCUCAUGGCCCUCUCCUCCAUGGUCUUGAUUCCAGGAUAUAUGUUGUACUUUUUUUUUACUGCAAAAGGAACAAUCAAACAGCGCUUUCAGCUCAUGAUCCAGCCGACACAAGAUACGAAAGUUCAGCGGAAUGGACUGCAAGCGAAGGCUUCGCUAAAUGGAAGCUUCUCUGAGGCUGCUGUCUAG